AUGGUGGGGUUCCAGCCGGGGACGCUGCUGUGGGUCAAGUGCGACGACGGGGAGUGGUGGCCCGCAGUUGCGCGGGAAAUGGACACGGAUUCGCUCCUAGUGGCGGGUGGCGGGUGCGACAUGUGCGUUGAGUUUCAUCACGACCCAGGAAACCUCUAUCCGGUGGAGUCUGCAAGCGCCGGUGUUCGCGUGCUGCACAGGGCCAAGGAGGAGCGGGAUGCGACGGAGGAGGGCUUUUUCCGCGCAGCGGCGACGCAAGAGGCCGUAAAAAGGGCGCUGCUGGAUGACGUUCAUGGCGGGGCACCAGCGGAGGAAGGGCUCCCGCCGUACAGCCCAGAGGAGCUGCGCUGCAUGUCUGCGCUUCUUGACUCGAUCAACCACACGACUGCAUCUCAGCUAAGAAAGACACUUUUAGCGCGAGAGGGGAUCGACCUUUCCUCGCGAAACAUCAGACAACAGAUGUCUGAAAAGGAUCGAAGGCGCCGCAAAAGACAUACACGGCGUGCGGAGGGUAUUGAGCUGCCGCCAGAUGACGCGAAGGUGGUGCCGGAAGCCGAGUUGGACGCGAGAACCACCGAAACGGCAGAGGUGGUGGUGUCGCGGGUGGGUGAGGCGGAGUGGUCCUUUCAAGAGGCUUUUGAUCCUUCUGCGCUGGACAUGCUGCGAAAGGAGGUUUUUGAAAACAAGGAGCGGUUUGUGCUUUCACCAUUGUACCGAUAUUUGGACCUUCUGGGGGCAGUGGCUGUGGAUGGCGUUUCCGUGGAGACGACGUUGCCCACCCCGCGCGCAUUACAUGAGGUCCCAGAGGAGGGAUUGCUGGAGUCUCGGCGUGUCUUGCUUGUUGCUCUUUCGGCCUCUUCAUUUGAGCACACCGUGGGAUGGAUGGUGCCUUUUGAGUAUGAAGGCACCACGAUAGCCAUGACGCUUUCGGUGAAUGGAACUGCCGUGGAGACGCCUUGUAACUGUUCACUGCCUUCGGGAAAGGAGGCUGUGGCGGUGAAAACUGCCACGGUGGCUGAUAUCACUACACACCUUUUACACAAGGAUCUCUUUUCCCUUGCAGUUGGUUUCACUGGGCAGAUCGAGGAUGCAGCGCUCUGGAAGGGCGUGAUUGCUGCCGUCUAUGUGGACCUUGUUGACAUUGAGGCACUGGCAGAUAGAAUUGUCUCCAACUAUAAGAUGCCGCCUCGCCGGAAGGGGCGCGACGACGUCGUUGGGGUGCAGGUGAAGAUUACGUGCCCCAUCACGACGCUGCCGUUACACACUCCUGUGCGAGGGUUUUUUGUGCGAACACAUGCAAUGCAUGGAACUACGCUCUCUCCUCAUGCACUGUGCGCGCACGAAUGUGUGGAAUUGUCCGCUGUGCUGGGCACCAACACCGCCCGAUAG